AUGAAGUCGUUCCGCCGUUCACAAGGUCAUGGUAACGGCCACUCGCAUUCCAACUCGCACGGGCAGACAGGUCCAAGCUCGGGGUUCCGACCGCCCGGUCCCAACGGCCCCAAUGGCCCUGUCCCACCGUUUGCCAAUCCUCUUUCACGGCCAACAGAGCGCGUCGCACCGCCCCAGAAGGUUAUCAAGGCCCUCGCUAGCCACCGCAGCACCAACCCCCAGCAACUAAGUUAUUCUAAAGGCGACUUUUGGUAUGUCAUUGGCGAACGUGACGAGUGGUACGAGGCAUUGAACCCUAUCACAUCAUCGCGCGGUCUAGUCCCAAAGAAGGACUUUGAGGAGUUUGCAAAGGGUGGACGACAGUACCAGGCAGGUCAACCCACAUCUCCUACUACGGCCUCGCCGCCCGAUCAUACCCGAUCUCUCUCCAACUCACACUCUCUGCCUCGCAGCAACCCUAUGCACUCGCCCACCGCCAUGAUGGGACCCACUUCAGCACCCACCACGCCAGGGAACAAACGCGUGUCGCCACUCUAUGCUAUUGUCCAAUACGACUUCCAUGCCGAGCGACCAGACGAACUUCAAGCAAAGGCUGGAGAGCCCAUCGUCGUCAUCGCACAGAGCAACCAUGAAUGGUUCGUCGCCAAGCCGAUUGGCCGGUUGGGCGGUCCAGGUCUGAUUCCUGUUACGUUUGUCGAGAUUCGCGACCCAGUUACGGGCUUAAGACUCGACUCGUUCCCGACCAACAUUCCCCAGGUCGAGGAGUGGAAGAAAGCGACUGCCGAGUACAAGGCAGCGGCGAUUCCCCUCGGCCGCCUCGACGUGCCGCCCGACCAGCGUGUCACAAACUCGCCCUUCCAAACGCAGGCCAACUCACAGGCUGGGGGAAGCGGCGUACCGUCGAACCGCGCGUCUCAGCGGACCCAGGCGUCUCAGCGAACCCGCUCGUCGGCAGGCAGCGCGGCGGGCCUCGGUGCAGGCGCUGCCCGAGGCAUGACCACUCAACCCCAAGGGCCUCCGUGCACCGAGCCCCACCCAUCAGCACAGACGACGGACAACGAGCCAAUGCUCCCUCUCGGCGAGCUCACAGAACUCGGCGUGCCCUCGUUCCACAACGAGUCGGGCAACUACUGGUUCAGACUCCAUGCUGUCCAUGUCCCAGAUGACGAGUCGGCGCCUGCGUCCAAGCUCAUCCUAUAUCGCACGUACGAUGACUUUUACGACUUCCAGAUCGCGUUGCUCGACACGUUCCCUGCCGAGGCCGGGCGUCCAGAACACGAGGGCGACGCACCCCCACCACGGAUUCUGCCUUACAUGCCGGGCCCGGUCGACGAGGCGAUCGACGACGAGUUAACCGAAUACCGCCGUGACGAGCUCGACGCGUACGUGCGCGCGCUGUUAGACUUGCGCGGCGCGGACGCAGCCUACAUUCUGCGGCACGAGCUGGUCCGCUCGUACUUUGCAGCCAAGUUUGGCGAUUACUCGGAGGAGAUCUCGCGCGAGCAGGGCUUGGAGAAGCUGCAGAACCUCGCCCACCGCAUGAGCGCCAUGAACCUCGGUGGGGCGCAGCAGCAGCAUCACGCGAACAAUCGCAGCAUCGACCAGGCCGCGAUGCUGCCUCCAACGGCGCAACAGCCCUCGCCUGUUCCCGCCUACAACAAUGGGCACGCGUACUCCGGACAUGGACACACGCGGACCGCGAGCCGUGACCUCGCAAUCUCGCAGGGCCACGGACGCCAGAUGUCAGGCCAGCAGGUGCACAUGCCGCACGCGGGGCAGUGGACGAACUCGCCAAGCACGGCGACAGGCCCGUCGUUCCCCAACCACCACCCAGUAUCGCAAUCGAUGCCAGCCACCCCCGCGCAACCACCACCCAACCCGCGCUCGGGCGCCGCCUUCGUCAAGGUCAAGGUGUACGACAAAGCGACGGACGACCUUAUCGCUUUGCGCGUGCACCCGCAGGUCACGUACAUCGAGUUGCUGGAGAAGGUGCGCGCGCGACUGGGGCCCGACGUCAACGUCCUUUCAUACAAGGUCGGCGGGACGAGCGGGAGCGCCGCGGCGGGCGCGCAGGGACCGACCCAGCCGAUCCGCGACGACCUCGAUAUGGCUGAGUGGAUGGCAGUCGAGGACCAGAGGUUGCUCCUGUAUGCGGAGCAGUAG